AUGGUUUACAGUUUCGUCGUCGUUGCGUUUACGGCUCUGCUAGCUGGCUUCCCGGCGGUGCGGGCGUUGAGCAAUGGCGUGGCAAAGUUGCCAGCGUUGGGGUACAAUACGUGGAAUGCUUAUGCAUGCGACAUCGACGAGAACACGAUUCUGACCACUGCAUCGCUCAUGAAGUCGCUUGGAUUACAGGACGUUGGCUACACGCAUGUGAACCUGGAUGACUGCUGGGCCGAAAAAAAUCGCAGCGCCGAAGGGCUACUCGUCCCUGACACGACAAGGUUCCCGAGCGGGUUCAAUAAUAUGACCGCCCAGCUGCACGCAAUGGGCUUCCAGGCUGGCAUUUAUGGUGACUCCGGAUGGUUCACUUGCGCUGGUUACCCCGGUGGGUUCGAAAAUGAGGCGAUUGACGCAGCAACAUACCAAGGUUGGGGCUUCGAUUACCUCAAGUGGGACAACUGCGCGAUCCCGUUCGACGAUAUCAUCCUCCAGGGGACGCUCGGCAAGUACCAGCGGAUGUCGGACGCGUUAAUCCAGCUCUCGCUCGAGUCUGGUCAAACCCCGAUCAUCUACUCUUUGUGCCAGUGGGGAUGGAGCCAAGUCUGGCUUUGGGGUGCGCAGGUGGGCCAUAGCUGGCGGGUUGACGGUGAUAUUGAGGCCAACUGGGCUUCAAUUGCCAGCAUCAUCAACUUCGCCUCGUUCAUCACGCAAGCAACCAACUACUACGGCAGGAAUGACAUGGACAUCCUCGAAGUUGGAAACGGCAUCUUGACAUACGACGAGACCAAAACCCACUUCACGGCUUGGGCACUCAUGAAGUCGCCGCUCCUGAUUGGCACGAAUCUUUCUGCGAUCACUCCAGAGACGCUCGAGAUCCUGUCGAACAGCGAAAUAGUCAAUAUCAACCAAGACUCCGUCGUUGGCACGAGUAUCUCUCCCUUCCGAUGGGGCCUCAACGCUGACUGGACGAGCAAUGACUCGUACCCCGCGCAGUACUGGAGCGGGCCGAGCGAGAACGGCACCGUGUUCAUGCUCCUGAAUACUCUCGAUGAGCCGGCAGACAUGUUCUUCAAUCUCACUGAGUCGCCGUGGAUCCGUGCUGGUCGCCAGUAUGCCGUUCGCGAUCUAUGGACGCACACAGAUAAUGGUACAGCGGUCCGCAAUUUCACCGCUACCGACGUCCCAGUGCACGGCGUCGUGGCCCUGCUCCUGCAGGAUGCGGGAGACGAACCGGCCGGGAUUUACCCACUGUGCAGUGUGUGGUACCAGUGUACGGCGGAAAACGGCACAAAUGUCGAUGGUGCCUGA